AUCCUACUCGACGAGGAUUAGCGGAAUUUCUGAGAGUUUGAAACAGAAAAAUCAUUUAAGUGUCGUUUUAAUAAUGCCAGUAUAGUAUGGACUCUAGUUUCUGAACGAAAAAGAACUCACCAUACAAUGGUCCUUUUUUCUAUGGAUACUGGGUCAACGUGAACAUCAUUACAUUGUCUUUGAAUGUUCUCAUCCUUCAACAGUUGCUGGGUACGCUACAUUAAGUGUACGCGGGAACUACGACGGAGUAGGAUGAAGUGUCGUUUGACGUUCUUAAAUUUACUUCACUUAUUAACAUUCGUGCAAUGUGAACUGUUUUGGAAUUUCCCACGUAAUUCAAGGGAAGUUUUUCAUGCGUAUGUGAAUGAAAAAGCACAUACUAUACAAGUAUUUCCGUCAAUUCAAGUUAAACUAACUAAUGAUUCAAAACUAUGUUCCAUCUCAUUACUAUCAUCUGGCAGAAAUAGUGUCCCUAACUUUAUUCAUGGUAAUGUUUUAAACCAAGAGAAAGGAUAUGGUUAUUUAACUUUCAAUGAAACAUCAUAUCGUCAUGCUAAAAGUUUUGGUAGUUUAGAAGCUAGAACAGGAUUUUAUCAUCUGAAAAUAAUAGCUGAAGACUGUUCUCAUCCAACAAAGUCGACAAAAUCUUGGCCAAUUACAUUUGAACAUAUUCAAUCUGAUUUACCAAUUUGGUCUAAAACAAAAUAUGCAUUUGAAAUAGAUUCAUUACAUAGACCAGGUCAUGAAGUUGGUAAAGUGAUAGCAUACACAUCAGCUAUAAAUAUGACAGAAAAUGAUAAUUUUUUAUACGGUGAUGAUACCGGUAUGUGCGCCUAUACAAUACAAGAUCCAAGUUAUUCAUUCGCAAUUGAUGGGCACGGUGUUAUCCGAUCUUUAGUAAGAUUUAAUAAUCAUACAGAUAUGUUAUAUGAAUUCAAUGUAACUGGAUUCGAUUGUCAUCUUCCAAUACCGUACAGUUCUACAGUACCGGUAGCAGUUUAUGUAAAAGCAAUAUGUGUAUCACAAUGGAAUGGUAUCCCUAAAGAAAUUGAGUAUUCUGCAUUAUCAAAUCCAUAUCCAUUUGCAUUGAAUGCGAAAUUUUUAAUUUGUCCACAAAUAAAUCAUAAUUUUACUCAUCUUAUUAAUACUAACAAUGAUAAUACAAUGAAUGAUAGCUCUGAUCAUUUAAGUGAAGGAAUCACUGAAUAUGAUUAUUGUCCAAUAGAACAAGUAACAACACGUAUGAAAAUUUUAUGGAGUAAAGAAGAUAUUAUUAUAAAUGAUGAUCAAACUAUUCAACCAUCUUCAUCAUUAUCAGCAGCAACAACAACAAUAGAAUCUUCUUCUUCAGAAUGUGAUUUGGAUUAUUAUUCAAUAAUGGCUAAUCGUAAAACAUGCAUCGAUUCUUCUCAAAGUAAAACUAUCGAUCUAUUACCAGAUAUUGAUGAACAACAACAAUUUAAUCAAAAUAAUCAUAUCAAUUUACCAAUUAUUGAAACCAUUCAAGGAUUAAAUGAAUUGCCUAAAAUCAAUAAAAAAGGUUAUCCAUCUGGUAUUUAUUAUUUUAAUGGUUCCAUGCAUUUUGAUUUAAACAAAUUUCAUAAAUUUCAUAAAUUACAACGAUUUGAUAAUCAAUUAUUUACAAUCAAUUUUUGGAUGAAACAUUCACCAAUAUUUAAUAAACAAUAUAAUGAGAAGAAUUUACUGAAUAAUCGGGAGAAUAUUUUAUGCAGUUCCGAUGAAUAUGAAAAGAAUCGGCAUCAUUUUGCUGUGUUUCUGCACAAUUGUAAACUGGUUGUAUUGAUACGUCGUGAACCAACCAAUGAAUUCACCCUAUAUUCUGAUUCGUCUCAAUUACUUCCAUCUCAAUGGCGUUUCGAUGUCGACGAAGUAUGCGAUUCGAAUUGGCACCAUUAUUCGUUGACCUAUCGUCCACCAGAAACGACACUUGUAAAUGGACAAAAGACACUUGCAUCCAACUCAGAAAGUGAUAUUGAAUUACAAUUAUAUUUGGAUGGAAGAUUAGUACCAAAUAAUCCUGAACUGGUGCAAAUUGCUGAAAAUAUGCCUAUGGUACAUUUAUCUGUUAAAAAUCAUGAAUUUGUUCGUACUUCAGUUGGCGCUUGUUGGCAUGGACGUAGUGCUCAAUUCGCUCAACAUUUUGUCGGUUAUCUUGCUGGUUUAACCUUUACAAAUGGAUAUAUUCAGUCAGAUGAGGAAAUACUUUGUCUGACCAACUGUGAACCACGUCUAAUUAUCAACGAUCCAACAUCAUUCAGUUCAAACACUAAUCGUUUCGAUACAACAAAUAUUCGUAAUUCUCAUUUGAAUAGUAUCAUUAUUCAAGCUAAAAGUUUAAAUGAAUUAUCGAAAAUUCUAAGAAAUGUGACAUUUUACAAUCCAAGAUUACAAUAUAAACCACGAUAUCGACCGGAACCAGUGGCUAUACAAUUAAAUACUUUGUUUGCCUAUGCAACAGAUUGUGAAAUACCCUCAACAUUUAAUCAAGUAAUUCUAAUUAGUCCAUUACCUCCAACUAAACAAACAUUAAUUUUACUUGAUACAUUGAAUUCAAAUAUUCGUACGGAUCGAUACCUUCAUAGGCGGUACCAUAGUCAUAAUCAACCAAAUCACGGUUAUCAGCCAUCGAAUGUUCAUCAAACGACAGAAAAACAACAACAAUUCCAUGAGUAUGAACAGAAACAUGAAAAAGAGAUCCCUGAAAAACUGUCUACCAUUAAGUUACCAGCUUCUACUCAACUAAACCAAUCGAUACGUCAGUCAUUCGAUGAAAUAUCAACAUCAUCAUCAAUCAGUUCACUAGUACUGUUUAAUACAGAACAAUAUGAACAUAUGAACAAGACAUUCACAUCGAGAAACGUCACAUUAAGUAGUUUAUCUACUGGAGUCUAUAUAUUUCCAUACAUAACAAUCAUGUGGAAGACCCCAUUGGAACUGUUGAAUUCACAUAAUACAUCUUCAGAAUUUGAGCAAACAAUUUCAUCAUGUACAAUUAAUUUAUGCAAAAGUGAUUCAUUCAAUACUGUAGAGAAUAUUCUGUCUAUUUCAGAAUAUAUUUUGUUAAAUCCUAAAUAUAUCAAAAAUGAUAUAAAAGUAUAUCAACGUUCAAAUGGAUUUCUUAUUCAUGGUAAUUCCGGUGUAUUAAGUUAUAUGAAUGCAUUGAAACAUAUUCAAUGGUUAUGUAAAGAUGAACAAACUAAUUUAACUAGACGUUGUUUUAAUGUAUCAUGUGAAGCUAUAAUUCAAAUCUAUGAAAAGGAUCAAUUCAUAAUAAGAAAAAUUCAUAGCAAUACUAUACAAUCUGAAUUUAAUAUUUAUCAUGAAAAAUCAUCACAGCCGUCGGUUAUUCCAUCAAGCGUGCAACAGCAUUCAACAACACUAUAUUUGAGAGGAAAACCUCGUCUGGUAAAUAAAAGGGAUAUAAAUAAUCUUCAGCCAGCUAUUUAUUUACACAAUAAAACAAGCACUUGGAGUAAGGGUAUUUUACUACUUAUCAGCUCUUCAAUUAUAGCAAUUCUCUUAAUAUUAUUUGUUGCUAUGAAACGAAUUCAUCGUGUUUAUUUAAAAUCGGAUCAGUUUGAAUCAAAAAUUCAAAAUUUUAAAAUAACAUCAUUUGAUCAUAUUAAUUCAUUAAAACAAAACUAUUUGAUAAAACAACAAAUGAAUAAAUUACAAGAUGGAAAACAGUUAGAAACUAGUGCUGAAAAAUUAAGAAAUUCAAAAUUGAAUGAUUAUAAUUCUCAAACGAUAAUAAAUCAUCAUCAACAGCAACAACAACAACAAUAUGAAAAUGAACAGAAAGUUCAACCGAUACGAAUUACCCCAAAUCCAUUUAUGAAUCAAUCUAAUAUGAAAGAAUAUGAAGCCAAAACUAUUUUAUUGGAUGAAAAACGUUAUGAUGCCUCUUUGAAUAUGUCAUCAUCAAUAUAUAACAAUAAUAAUAAUCGUAAAAGUGGAUCACCAAUUGUAUGUAAUCCAACAAUUCAAUUGUAUGAAAAUCCAUUAAGAUCUGAUGAAGAAGAUGAUGAUGAUUUUCAAUGUUCAUGCAGUGAAAAUGAUACUGAUGAUCAUAUAACUUUAAAUAAUUAAUUCAAGAAAGAAAAGAAUCUAAAUGAAUUCAACAAAGAAGAAGUUCAUGAAGAAGAACAACAACAAGAACUAAUAUAAGACAAUAGUUAAACACAAACAAACAAAAACAACAACAUGGACACAUUGAAUUUCUUUACUCUACUCAUUUAUUUCUAAUAAUUAUGAUAAAUAAUCUUUAUAAUGGCAUUUAGUUUAGGCUUAUCUUUCACAUUCUUGUUCAGUCAAUAUGUUUACUUUAUUAUUGAUUCAUUUUAUUGAUUAAGUUAUUUAUCAAAUUUUUUUUUCUUUUUCAAUAUAUUCUCUUAUCGGUGAUCUUUGUCAUAAAAAGGGAAAAAAAAAUUUCUUUUUCAUCAUUUAUUAUUUGCACUUUAUACCCCCUACCCCAUCACCAUCACCACCCAUACCCUGCAUUAACUCACAUAUUACAUUUUUGCACUGUUUGCAAUAUUUUGGUAAUCAUAGUCAUACAUAAUGAGUUUCAAAGUACAUUCACUACCUGUAUGGCAUUUAUUCGUUAUUUAAAAGAACUAUUUUUUUUUCCAUUUUGCUGAGGGGGGGGGCUGGAUGUUCUUUCGAUAUAAUUUUUAAUUAGUAUUAUUUAUUUUAAUCGUACUUUUAUUCAUGAAUUUAGUUGUUCAAAUUGUUUAGUAUUUAGUUCACUAUCCUAUACAUUUUCAUCAUAUCAUCAAAUAUAUAUAUAUAUAUAAGCGUAUACAUUCAUUUGUAUGUUAUUCACUUCAUUGUUGUUAGUUAUUAACAUUCUAUGAGAAAAAUGCUAUCAUGAGUUUGUCCAUGUUGAAUGUUUCUUCUAACAUUCAGCUGAUGAGUUCCAAAUGGGACGAAACAUGCGUCCUGGAUUUCGUUGCUAGCCACUAACUCUUGUUUGCUUUAAAAGCUUGUGACUUAAGGCUAUAUCAAGUCAAUCCUCACAGAAUGUACAUAUGCCAACAUGAGAUACAAGUAAAACAAAACCAAUUGAAUUUAACAUAUUUACUGUUUAUGAGAUUUGAUUGUGUUUCAGUAUCUAAAAAAUUUAGCCUAUUAUUAUUAUUAUUAUUAUUAUUAUUAUUAUUAUUAUUAUUAUUAUUAUUAUUAUUAUUAUUAUUAUUAUUAUUAUGAAUCUGUCAAAUUAAGAAAUUGAAAUUAGGUGAAUCAAAAAUAAUAAUGCAAAAUAAAUACAACUAAUCCGUAAAGGACUAAUCAUCUAGCUGAUAUUUGUCAUGGUUCUGAUCACUGUUAUGUAAGUUAAGUAAGCAGUACCAUAUUUCUGUUAUUUUUGGAUGUACUGCUAAUUCAGGAUUACACGUAGAAAUCACUGAAGUUCCUACAGCCCAGUAGCAUAAUUUUGAAUAGUAUCAAAGUUAUUGAACAGCUUAUAUAUGGUUAAAUUAUAAGAUUCACUGAUGAGAACAAGCUAUUCCAUGAAGCGCAAUAUUGAUACAAAAAGAUGGUAGACCUCGCAAGAAACCGAAAUAGCUAAGCAGACUGUUUGGACAAGAACAUAUAUAUGCACUGUUUACCGAUCUCGCUAAAGUAUAUGAGGAUUAUCAUACUUACGAAGCGAUUGCAAAUCAGUUUCACAGGUGUACAACGAGAAACUCAUGUUCUCAAAAUUCUACGACAAGAUCGAUUAAAUAUAAUUCAAGUGGAUAAAAUCGAUUGUAAGGAUAUUUCACUCUCAGUACACUACUAUUGAAUAUCUGAUAGAAUGAGUUAAAGCCUUAGAAAAGCUUUACUUUUUAGAAGUCAGCUUUGUGUGUUGACUGCCAAAUUGUUGUUAACACUGUUUAUGACCUGGUUCCUGCGUUUACUGUAAUAAAAUACAACACGGAUCAUUUGGUACCAAUUCAUGAUGGUGCAACAGAUGUGACGACAGGUUAGAGGAAUAAAACAUCUGAGAAUCGCACACAAAGCUGAACUGUUCUUGCUAGCAUACGUAAGAUAGAGGGCUACUUUUUCAUAGCUUACAGGUUUCUAAGUAGUUUACGUUACCACAGUAAGAUAUCAAUACCUUAAAUUCACCACAGAAAUAUCAAAAGUAACGGUUGAGGAACUCAGAAUUAAGUGAACAUUCAGCUGAGAUUAAGUUUUUGACCAUAACUAGUCUUUUUUACCCGAAACGCUCUUCAAUUGAUGUGGCUGAAAUCACCGUAGAUUUUAUUAAGAAGAUAAGAGGUACGUAAAUGCACACUCAUUGACUGUCUUCGUGUAUUUGAAACAGUGAAUGAAUAUAUAAGGCAAGGAAAUAUUUUAUCCAUUAGUCUCGCUUACCUCUAUUCACGUGGAUUUAGGGUACAAUACUAUGGUGUCUGAUGAAUAAAUGAUCAUACUCAUACUCAUUUUAGAGGCAAGAUCUGACAACGUAUAUGGAUAUCAGGUAUACAUUGGUUCAGUUGCGUGAUUAAUUAGGAUACAUUAUGUAUGAAUCAUUUGAUCUUUCUUAUGUUUUUUAUCCUACUCGUUUUUUCUGUUAAUCAUAUUUCACUUGCAAAUUAUUCUAUAAAUAUUUUGAACACAUUGACUGAGUGAUACUCUGAACAGUUUGGAAUCAUUUCAAUUAAAAUGGAAAUUAGUCUGUUUAAAUGAAAAUUUUAACUUGUUUCAUAAUGAUAUUGUUGCUGUUAAUUACAGUGCAAGUAUCGAUAUACGUUCGAUUUUGUUACUAAGAUGUCUUAUUCUAGUUUCUGUUCAACACUACUAACACUUUGAUUCAAUUGUACUCAUUAAGUCCCUG